AUGGCGAAUCAAAGAAAUUAUGGAAAGAGGCCCUAUCGAGCUGAUGAAUCGGAUGAAAAGAAACAAGGCGAUGAUGAUGAGAACAUAUUCCCUUUCUUCUCGGCCCGAUCUCAAUACGACAUGCGUGCCAUGGUCUCAGCCUUGACUCAAGUCAUCGGAAACCAAAGCAGCUCUCAUGAGAAUAACCAACAUCAACCUGUUCUCUAUAAUCAACAAGAUCCUAACCAACCAAUUCCUCCCACUCAAGAUCAAGGAGUCUUGAGGAAGAGGCACUAUAGAGGGGUAAGACAACGACCAUGGGGAAAGUGGGCAGCUGAAAUUAGGGAUCCGCAAAAGGCAGCACGGGUGUGGCUCGGGACAUUUGAGACUGCGGAAGCUGCAGCGUUAGCUUAUGAUGAAGCAGCUCUUAAGUUCAAAGGAAGCAAAGCCAAACUCAAUUUCCCUGAGAGGGCUCAACUAGCAAGUAACACUAGUACUAUCACCGGUCCACCAAACUAUUACUCUUCUAAUAAUCAAAUAUACUACUCAAAUCCGCAGACGAAUCCCCAAAGCAUACCGUAUUAUAACCAAUACUACUAUAACCAAUACCUUCAUCAAGGCGGAAAUAGUAGUAAUGAUGCACUAAGCUAUAGCUUGGCCGGUGGGGAAACUGGAGGCUCUAUGUAUAAUCAUCAGACGCUGUCAACUACAACAUCUUCCUCAUCUGGUGGAACUUCGAGGCAGCCAGAAGAACAAGAUUACGCAAGAUAUUUGCACUUUGGGGAUUCUUCACCUCCUAAUUCGGGUUUUUGAUGAGAUCCCUAGUAAAUUGGUAACAAGGGAUGUUAGGUCACUUGUUAUGAGGGGAUCAUAUGUUUCUUGAGUGUUUUGUUUUUUCAGUAUAAGU